CCCGGGCGGCGUGGGCACAGCCGCAGUGCCCCGGGCGGCACUGACAGGCUCGCCGGACACGUGCCUCUCUGCACCCCCUGGGCACCCACCACCCACCAUGGAUCCCCAGAGCGACACAGAGGGGGGGUCUGGCCGUGAGCCCCCGCUGGAACUCAUGCCCCGCACCCCGCUGCACGCCCCAGGGCCAGAGGGGCCGGGGCUGGAGGCCGCGGGGUUGGACGCGGGGCUGGCAACGGCACGGGAGCAGCAGCUGCAGCGGGAGCUGGUGGCCCUGAAGCAGCAGCAGCAGCUCCAGAAGCAGCUGCUCUUCGCCGAGUUCCAGAAGCAGCAUGAGCACCUCACACGCCAGCAUCAGGUCCAACUCCAGAAGCACCUCAAGCAGCAGCAGGAGGCCCUGGCCGCCCGCCGGCAGCAGGAGCUGGAGCAGCAGCGGCAGCGGGAGCGGCAGGAGCUGGAGCAGCAGCGCCUGGAGCAGCUCCAGAGCCUGCGCCCCAAGGACAGGGGCCGUGACAGUGCCAUUGCCAGCACUGAGGUGAAGCUGAAGCUACAGGAGUUCCUGCUCAGCAAGACGAAGGAACCGGGCCCUGGCCCUCCCAACCAUUCCCUCCCCCAGCACCCCAAAUGUUGGGCUCACCACACCUCGUUGGACCAGAGUUCCCCCCCGCAGACUGGCAGCCCAGGGACCCCCCCAUCCUACAAGCUCCCCCUCCUCGGCACCUAUGAAGGCCGGGAUGACUUUCCUCUCCGGAAAACUGCCUCGGAGCCCAACCUGAAGGUGCGGUCGCGGCUGAAGCAGAAGGUGGCGGAGCGGCGGAGCAGCCCCCUCCUGCGGCGCCGUGAUGGCUCCGUGCUCAGCGCCUUCCGCAAGCGCCACGUCGAAAUCACCGUGUCCUCGGUGUGCAGCAGUGCCCCAGGAUCGGGGCCCAGCUCCCCCAACAGCUCCCACGGUGCCCACAAUGGCCUGGCCGCCUCCGUCCCCAACAUCCAUGCUGAGCAGCUCCUGCCCCAGCCCCAUGCCCUGGCCCUGGACGGGGCCCAGCUCAGCCUCUACACGUCCCCAUCGCUGCCCAACCUGUCCCUGGGGCUGCAGGCCACUGUCACUGUCACCAGCGCCCACCUCCCCGCGUCCCCCAAGCUGUCGCCGCAAGCCGAGGGUGAGCGCCCUGGAGUGCCCCCCCUGUGCCCUGGGACUGCCCUCACCGGGAAGUUCCUGAGCACAUCCUCAAUCCCGGGAUGCCUACUGGGGGUUGCCCUGGACGGGGACCCCCAGGCCAGCCCCCCAUCUCUGCUGCAGCACGUCCUACUGCUGGAGCAGGCGCGGCAGCAGAGCACCCUCAUCGCUGUGCCCCUGCACGGCCAGUCCCCACUGGUGACAGGGGAGCGCGGAGGGGGUCCCCGUGGGAACAAACUGCCUCGGCACCGGCCCCUGAGCCGCACCCAGUCAUCCCCGCUGCCGCAGAGCCCCCAGGCCCUGCCCCACGGCCCCCUCCAGCACCACUUCCUUGACAAGCAGCAGAUCCAACUGGGCAAGCUACUCCCCAAGGCGGGGGAGCUGGCACGGCAGCCCCCCACCCACCCCGAGGAGACAGAGGAAGAGCUGACGGAGCAGCAGUCACCCCCCCCGGGCGAGGGGGUCUCCCCCAGCCUUCCCCUCGUCCAGCCCCUCACCCUGAUCUUCCCGGAGGCUGGGGACCCCCCGGAGCAGCUGCAGGACCCCGAGGGCUGCCAGGGGCUGGGGGACAGCGGGGACGAGGCUGAGGGCACCAGGGACCCCGAUGUCACCGAGGUGGGCAUCACCUACAAGCAGGUGUACCCCGAGGCGUCGCUGCAGCUUUACUCCACACCCCCCUUGGGGGUCUUGGCACUGUCCCACCCAGCCCUUGCCCGCACCCAGUCGUCCCCUGCCAGCGUCAAGCCUCCCAUGCCCGAGGGGCCCCCCAAGCACCUCUUCACCACAGGUGUGGUGUAUGACACAUUCAUGCUGAAGCACCAGUGCACCUGCGGGAACACCACAAUCCACCCGGAGCACGCUGGCCGCAUCCAGAGCAUCUGGUCCCGGCUCCAGGAAACUGGCCUGCUCGGAAAGUGCGAGCGGAUCCGGGGCAGAAAGGCAACACUGGAGGAGAUCCAGACGGUGCACUCAGAGCACCACACGCUGCUCUAUGGCACCAGCCCCCUCAACCGCCAGAAACUGGACAGCAAGAAGCUUCUGGGUCCAAUCACGCAGAAGACGUACGCGGUGUUGCCGUGUGGUGGCAUCGGGGUGGACAGUGACACAGUGUGGAAUGAGCUGCACUCGUCGAGCGCGGUGCGCACAGCCGUGGGCUGCCUGCUAGAGCUGGCCUUCAAGGUGGCUGAGGGCGAGCUCAAGAACGGCUUCGCUGUCAUCCGCCCCCCGGGCCACCAUGCUGAGGAGUCCACGGCCAUGGGCUUCUGCUUCUUCAACUCAGUAGCCAUCUCAGCCAAGCUGCUGCAACAGCGGCUCAGCGUGGGCAGGAUACUCAUCGUGGACUGGGACAUCCACCAUGGGAAUGGGACCCAGCAGGCCUUCUACAGUGACCCCCAUGUGCUCUACAUUUCCCUGCACCGCUACGAUGACGGCAACUUCUUCCCAGGCAGUGGGGCCCCUGAGGAGGUGGGCAGUGGGCUGGGAGUGGGCUACAACAUCAACAUCGCCUGGACCGGUGGCGUCGACCCCCCAAUCGGGGACGUGGAGUAUCUGACCGCCUUCAGGACGGUGGUGAUGCCCAUCGCCAAGGAGUUCUCCCCAGACGUGGUGCUGGUCUCUGCUGGCUUCGACGCCGUCGAGGGCCACCUGUCCCCGCUUGGUGGCUACUCCGUCACCGCCAAGUGUUUUGGGCAUCUGACAAAGCAGCUGAUGAUGCUGGCGGAGGGCCGGGUGGUGCUGGCACUGGAAGGGGGCCACGACCUGACGGCCAUCUGCGAUGCCUCCGAGGCUUGUGUUUCCGCCCUGCUCGGCCUGGAGCUGGAGCCCCUGGAUCUGUCCCUGCUGCAACAGAAGCCGAAUGUGAAUGCAGUGGCCACACUGGAGAAGGUCAUCGAGAUCCAGAGCAAGCACUGGGGGUCUGUGCGGCGCUUCGCAGCAGCCGUGGGCCGGUCCCUGCUGGAGGCCCAGCGCGGGGAGGCCGAGGAGGCCGAGACGGUGACAGCCAUGGCCCUGCUCUCGGUGGGCACUGAGCAGGCUGGAGGAGACCCCCAGCCCAGGCUGGCAGAGGAGCCAAUGGAGGCUGAGCCCACGCUCUGAUGCACCCAGAUCGUUCCCGCCUCCAAAAAACCAAGAAACACCCAAAAGAGAUGAAAAAACACACACUCACAGAGAAAAAAAUCACAGUAAAAGGGAAAAAAAAAAACAAACAACAAAACACUUAAAAAAAAAAAGACAAAAAAAAGGACAAAAAAAAGACAAAAAAAAAAAGGCAGAAACCAGAACAAAAAUAAGAAAAAAGAGGAAAAUAUUUUCUUUUUCUAUUAAAAAGAGGAGAAAACCACAAAAAAAAUCUCCCCCACCCGUCCUGCGCCCUUUCCCCCCCCGCCCAGCUCUCCCGCGGUGUUUGCAGUCAUGUCUCUUGUGCAGCAGCAGUUCCACCAGUACCACCCCCUCCCAGCCCGUGUCCGUCGGGUCCCCCCUGUCGCUGCCUGGACCCCCCUGGGGCUCAUCUCUCUUUUUUUUUAGGGAUUUUUCCUUAUAUCCCCUCCUAUUUUUUUGUGUGUCCUCUGCUUUGUUCCCUCCCCAGCUCCAGCAUUUGUCACCCCCCCUCCCCCUCCAACCCCAUCCCCAGAGGAGGCAAUGGGAAAUAUUUGUGCCUUUCAUUAUAUUUUUUUUUAAUGCCUUAAUUUCCCUUAAUUUUGGGUUUUCUUAAUUUUCUUCUUGGGUUUUUUUUUUUUUCCUCUCGGUCUCCCUGUUUGGGACAGGGACAUAAAACAAAGGGAUGAGCUCUGUGUCCCCCCCACCAUCCCUUUGCCACCCCUUUGUUGGGAUCAAAUUUGUUCUUAGAGGAGGAAAAAAAAAAAAAAAAAAAAAAAAAAAAAAAAAGAGGAAAAACCACUUUAUUUUCCAGUUUUGUCACCAGCUAGAGUGGCCUCGGAGUAAUUUUAGCUUUAAAAGAAAACCACUCAAACCCCACCCCCCCAAAAAAAGGGAUAUAAUUUUAUUACAGAUUAUUUAAUAGUAUUUUUUUAAUGGGGGAGUGGAGGAGGGGACAGGGACAGCACGUCAUGAGUUAUUUUGGAGUGGGGGAUCCCCAGAUUAGGACAGAGGGAUGAGCGUGUCCUUGGUCACCUCUCCUAACCCUGAGUUGGGGGGGAAGGACCCCAGUUUAGAGUGAGGAGGGGGGGCAUGGGGGUGUGUUACUGUGGGGACCCCAGUGUGGGUGUACCCAGUGUUGGGGACACCCUGUGAGGGGGGGGGGUCCCAGAUCCCCAUCCUGGGAAGAGGAAACAACCCCGGAAUGGGGGGAAAGGGGGUGCCACUCCCAGCAGGGUGCCCAGCUUGCUUUGAGCUGGUGUCCCCCCCACCCCCAUGUGCCCCUGCCGUGCUCCCCCCUUCGGUUUCUGUCCAUCCCCCUCCCCCCGCUCAAGCUCGCUCUGGGUCUCGGUUCAGUAUUUUGUAAAAUGUCACCAAUGUUCGUCCUUGUAUAAAUAAACUGUUUCUGGCAAUA